AUGGGGUACAAAACUCUGUGCUUUGGAGUCUCUUGUAUUCUAUUUGCUUACUGCAUUUAUUCACCUGUUCCAGAAAAUAUUGAAGAACCUUGGAAAGUGAGAUUCAUGGAUGCUCUCAUAAAAAUGACUUCACUUGUGGCCACAUUAUUUGAAAACAUAGGUCUUAUGAAAUAUGAAGAAGUAUUUUCAACUGUAACAGCACUUCACCUUACAAAACCAGUUUCAGAUGAAAACAUUACAGUGAUUGACACAAACUUUAGUGACAUUCCUGUUCGUCUGUACUUGCCAAAAAAGAAGUCUGAAAGACAGAGACCAGCUAUUAUUUUCAUUCAUGGUGGUGCUUUUGUCUUGGGAAGCUGCAAGAUGUCAGCUUAUGACGACCUGAACAGAUGGACAGCAAACAAGCUUGAUGCUGUUGUUGUGGGAGUAGACUACAGGCUUGCUCCUCAGUAUCAAUUCCCAGCUGCCCUUGAAGAUUGUAUUUUUGUGAUCAAGUUCUUUCUCCAGGAUAAAGUUCUUACAGAAUAUGGAGUGGAUCCCUCUCGCAUCUGCGUUAUGGGAGACAGUUCUGGGGGUACCUUGGUAGCAACAGUGACUCAACUG